CUCAUCUUCCUCUGCUCUUCCAAAGUGCUCACUUUCCAGCUCCCUUGGGUUCUAUCAGGAAGGGGAUUAAAUCUUACAGAUUUGCUGAGAUUUAAAACACAUUGAGUUUCACUUAUAUCCGUGAUUUACAACCGUUCCAAUUUAACAAGAAACUCAAAGUGCGUAUUUGCAGAAUGUGGCGACCAAAACUUAUUGGAUCUACUGAUCAAUUUGGCGGCCUUCAGUGUAUCUUGGUUGACCAAAAGACAGAUGCAAUACAAGCUAGCGUCAAAGAGAUCGACUAUGAUUUUGUAGCUCCGAAAAUAAAAGCAGGUUCCAUUUAUGAAAUAACACAUUUCCACACUGGUCGCAACAAACCAUCUCACAAAAUUGUACCACACGUUGCACAAUUGUUCUUUAAUGCAAGAACAACUUUCAAAGAACUGCCAACCAUUCAGCCACACAUUCCACGACAUCGAUUUUAUUUGGUUGAUUAUACUCAAUUGUCCACUCGGAUUGACAAAAUUGACAUCCUAAGAGAUGUUUUUGGACACAUUACUGCAAUACAACCAUUGGAACAAAAAAUGGUGGGCAAUGAAAGGCUUGAGGAUAAAUGUGAAGUCUGCAUCGAAAAUAUCAGCUUUAAUGACUCCACACAUGCUAUUAAAAUGAUGCCUUCUUCCGCCGCUCAACUAAUGACACCUCAACAUUUAGAAGCUGCUAAAAAGCUAUCUGUCCAAGAGUUAAAUGUUCUUGAUCCAGAGACACAUAAGCUAUUACGCGUUUUGAUACGCGUAAUGGUUGGUGGUAUAAAGCAUGUCCAUCUUGCUUUAAACAACUUAGAACUGCUGUCCACCGUGAUGAACUUUUGUGCCCAAAACACAAUAAUCAAAUUCCUCUCCCUUGGUUCAAAGUGAGCUUGGUGCUUGAAGAUUCAACUGAUGAAACUAAUGCUAUCAUAAUUGGAAGACCAGCAGAACAACUGUUUAAAAUUUCUUGCAAUGAAUUGGUUGUUCAAAGAGGUUUUACCGACCAACAACAAUUACCAGAUGUGAUUCUGCAAACAAGAGGACAAGUUAAAAUUUUCCAACUUCGAUUUGGAAGCAUGAGAAGUGAUUUCAACAGAAAUGAUCUACUCAUUCAAGCAAUCUUCGAUGACACAAUGCCACUUAUUGAACCAACACCGCAAUCAUCUGACAAAAGUUUGGCUGCACAUGAUACAGAAAACAUUGGCGCCCAAAUGGUUCCACCAUUACCCCACUUCUCUCAAAGCAAAUUCCAAGUGCAUCUUCCACAAGCUCAGUUGAUGCUUCUAUAACAGAAGUUACCCCAAUUUCAAAAAAAAGAUACAGAGACGCUGUCAAAAGAGCUCUAUUCACCUUUCGUCCAUCAAAAAAAGCAAAAAGGUUAGAAUUGAUAUAAUAAUUAACUCCUUUAUAUCAAUAUUUACACAUAUUCUAACAUUUACCAAUAUAUUUCUUUCUUUUUCAUUUAGCAUUUCUUUAAGUCAUGUUCAAACCGAAACCGAAUCUGAAAAAAUGGUCACAACAAAAAGCAUGGAGGAAAUUGUAUCAGAUUCUGAUUUACCAAUCACUGGCUUAAAGAAAAAAUCAAGCAUGGAGAAUUUGCCAACCAGCACUUCUACCCCAAAAAUAGAGGUCAAGACCUCCAUCAAAGAGAAAAAAAUCAUGAAGAAAGUGCAAAACAAAGCUCGCCCAAUUAAAUAGCAUGCUGUACAAAACUAUCCAAAUUUUGCUAUUUUGAUGCCUACUUCCUACUAUAAACAUCUCGAUGUAUAUACAAACAAGUGUAGUAUUUUAACAUAACAAGUAGCCUGUAAAAUAUGUUAUUACAUGCUUUUUUUCCAACUUA